AUGUGUGUUAAUCAAUACACCAUGGUCCCAGCAGUAGUUAAUUUGGUAGCCACUAAGGGACGUGAUACAUACACUGGAUUUAUCAAUGAAUUUGCCUGUUUUAAGUGCAGAAGCUUUUCGUCGAGUGAAAAAGACCUCGAAGUAGCAGAUUUAUGGAAAAAACGAGGAAAGACUGUACGAUCUCCUUCACCGCAUAACGCAUUCAAGAGAUGGCGCAUAAAGACUAAUCUAAAAGCAGCAGAAUCAAAAAAUGGUAUCGAUGGAUCCAAGUUGGCAAUCAACUCCAAGGAAAGAACUGAAGAAGACAUGUCGUUGCUCAAAUUUUUGGCCAUUAACGCUUUAGAUCUAAGUGCACCUGCCAGCGAUGUACUGUUAAAGAGCCGCAGCAGUAAUUGGUUCCAACUCAGUGGUCAUCCCGAUAGUUUAGCACCUGCUGGACCUGGAACCGUCUGGAAGAAACGAUCUUCUAAUUCUGAUGACACCGAACGUAUAGUAUACGAAGAAGUGUCACAAGACCCCAAUCUUUGCGAUAUUAUUCCAAGAUAUUAUAGAGAAGUUGAAUAUCAGGGCGAGAAGUUUAUAGAAUUGCAAGAUUUACUGCAUGGAUUUCAGGAUCCUUAUGUAGUUGACAUUAAAAUGGGCACUCGUACCUUCCUGGAAUCGGAAGUCCAAAAGGUUACAGCUCGAGCUGAUCUUUAUCAAAAGAUGAUCGCCAUAGAUCCCCAUGCACCUACUCCUGAGGAACACCAAGCUAAAGCCGUCACCAAACUCCGGUACAUGCAAUUUAGAGAACUUCAAUCAUCUACGUGUAGCCAAGGUUUCCGUUUGGAAGCUAUGAAGUGUCGUGGAUCCCCUCCGGUCACCGAUCUGAAAAAAGUUAAGUCUAGGGACGAAGUUCAUAACACUCUAGACAUGUUCUUGGGCGGUAGAGAAGACGUACGACAAAGACUAUUAGCAAGACUGUGCGAGAUUCGGUCUAAAAUCGAAAACUCUGAAUAUUUCACGACCAGAGAAGUUGUAGGAAGUAGCCUUUUUGUAAUUUACGAUGACACUAAAGUAGGCGUAUGGUUAAUAGACUUUGCCAAGACCAGCAAGCUGCCAGAAGGAAAGACUGUCAACCACAGGACUCCUUGGGUACAAGGAAAUCACGAAGAGGGGUUGCUGUAUGGAUUUGAUAAACUUAUUUCUAUUAUAGAAAGUAUUCAAAAUCCACAUUCUAACAACCGGAAAGAUCAUUUUACCAAGCCCGUGGCAGCUGUAAGAGUGAAAUCUUGA